UCGAUCCAACAUGGAGUGAGGAGAAGAUGGGGCUCGUCAGGGGCCGUCCACGCCGACACCCGAGCACCAUCCCCGGUCACUGCCGUCCGGGACGAGGAGGACGAAGCGGGUUUGCGAUGCGCCGGUUGGAUUGAGGCGGAAGGAGGAGGAAGAGGGAGUCAGCAUCCUCAAAGCGGAGCGCGAGACGACCGGAAGACGCCCGAGAGCCGCACGCGCUGCUGCGGAGGCCCGCCAAACAUGGAGACACUGGCGGGAAAUCAUUGUCACAGCACGUGAACGUGGACAAACAUGAACGAGGACGCGCGCCCAGAUGAUGACAGCUACAUCGUACGCGUCAAAGCGGUGGUGAUGACGAGAGACGACUCCAGCGGCGGCUGGUUGGCACAAGAUGGCGGCCUGAGCAGAGUGGGUGUGUGCAGGAUCGUGCCGGCCGGCCUGCUUGGACGCAACACCUUCCUCAUCCACGGAGAACGACUCCGAGACAAACAGGUGAUUCUGGAAUGUUUCUUGAAGAAGGAUCUGGUCUACACUAAAGCCACGCCCACUUUCCAUCACUGGAAGGUGGACAACAGGAAGUGUGGUCUGACAUUCCAGAGUCCGGCUGAUGCUCGAGCCUUUGAUCGCGGGGUGAGGAAGGCCCUGGAGGACCUGACCGAAGGUAGGAAGUUUGAGGAUGCGUUCAAGGCCGCUGAAAUGCCGCCAUGUUUGGUCAACACGAUGUCGCUAUCCUCUUCAGGGUCGACCACUUCGUCGUCGACGCUGCAGAACGAGGCCGAACUUGGCGAUGAUGACGUGUUCACGACCGCCACUGACAGUUCCUCCAACUCAUCUCAAAGGCGGGAACCCGUCAUGCACACGCUGGCGCCGCUCACCUUCUGCGAGCACCGCCGUCACCACUGCAUCCUGGGACACUUGUACGACCAACACCGACCUUCCGACCACUACUUCCUGGACCAGGCGGUGCACAUGUUCCCUCGCCACGUCAGCUUCCAGUUCGAGGAGGAAAUCGUACGUAUCAACCCUCGAGAGCGAGCCUGGCUCACCGGCUACGAGGAUUACCGUCACGACUCUGCCACACGAGAUAAACUCUUGCUGUCCGGUACGCCGGACGCUUAUAUGCACUUCGCUAAGAGCGAGGCGCCCAAACGCGACUACAGCUACCCGUAUCCGUUGGCGUGUGACGUGCAGCGAGGCUGCGGCGCCAAAACCGCCUGUCUCGACCGCAGCGGCGGCGGUGCACUGAGUAGGGCGGUGACGGUGCAGCCUCAGGCCAAGCGGAGAAAGGAUGGCGAGCGUCUGCGUUGCGUCUACUGUCAGGACAUGUUCCACCACGAGGACAAUGGGCGGGGCCGUUGCCAAGAGGCGCCCGACCCCAUCCACGUGUGCAUCCGGCGGGUCAGCUUCAUGUGGUGCGCCGACAGCUUGCUGUACCACUGCAUGUCCGACCCCGAGGGCGACUACUCCGACCCGUGCUCCUGCGACACCAGCGACGAGCGCUUCUGCCUGCGCUGGAGCGCCCUGGUGGCGCUGUCGCUGCUGGCGCCGUGCAUGUGCUGCUACGCGCCGCUCACCGCCUGCCACCGCUGCGGCGUGGCUUGUCGCUGUUGCGGCGGCAGACACAAAGCCGCCGGCUGAGGCGGGUCGCGUCCCCCCCCUCCCCCCGCCCCUCCGCCGCUGUGAUUUUAAGUGUUGUGUCUUGUUGUCUUUGUCGCGUUGUUCGAGUACCACGAUGGCGGUUGUUCUUCUUUGUUGUUUGUCUUUUAAGGCUUCAGCGGAAGUCCUGUUUGAUGCUCUCAGAGGGAACAAACAUGUUAUUUUUAUAAGUCAAGCGGGCUGUUAGCCUAGCUUAGCAUAACACUAACCCAAAAUACAACAUCGUUCUGCUCCGCUGAGCAGGCGGGAAAUACUUUGCUUGGUUGCCAUGGUAACAACUUGUGUCACUUCAUUGCUGCGCCCUUAAAGCUUAGCCUAUUCGCCAAUCACAGUUAAGCAGACACUGUUGUCGCCCUCUGCUGGUCAUUCCGGAGAAUGCACCUCGGGAGGGAAUACGCUGGAGUAGGGAGGUCGCGUGAGGUCACCGCCAUGGCAACGUCAUCAUCAUCAUAAUCAUAAAACACAAACGUGAUGCGAUCAAACUCUACGUGACAUUUGCAGUAAAUGAUAAUAAAUAAUAAUAUAAAAUAAUAAUCUAAUAAUAUAUAUUAUAUAAUAAUAUAUAAAAUAAUAAAAUAAAUAGUGAUAAUAAAUAAUAUAAAAUAAUACAUACAAUAUUAUAUAAUAAUAUAUAAAAUAAUAAAAUAAAUAGUGGCAAUAAUAAUUAAUAUAAAAUAAUAUUAUAUAUAUAAUAUUAUAUAAUAAUAUAUAAAAUAAUAAAAAAUAAUGAUAUUAAUAAAAUAUGUUUUAAGGUAAUUCCACUAGCAUUCCACAUGGAGGAGAUUCCCAUGUUUAUUUUUGUAGCGGUGGCGAGGAAAAGUCUGAUGUGCGUCCGCGUUGCUGUGGAAGAAAGUGCCUGAAGCUCAUCAUGUGCAUCGUCAUUCUUGUGUGUAUAUAUACAUCGAUAUAUACAUAUAUAUAUCGAUAUAUAUAUAUAUAUAUAUACACAUACAUGACAUUUUUCACAACACUUUCGCCACACACACAUACACAACAAUGUACAUAUAUACAGUAAAUGAAUGAAUGAAUGGACAAAGUGUACAUUUUCGGUUCUAUUUUUUUAUGGUGUCUAUAAUAAUGGAUGUAAAUGUCUAACUACUGUGUGUUUGUGUGUGUGUGUGUGUGUGUGUUGGAGACAAUCAUAUGUUGGUUUUUACCAAAAGAUAUUGCAAACGUCUUGUGUGAGAAAGUGUUUCAUCAUCUCAACAUGACAAAAUAAAGGUGGAAAAAAGACUCAUUUCAAGGACGGUCUAUUUGAAGUUAGGAUUGGAUCUAUUUAUAUCUACUGUAUGAACGACCAUGAACGACUAAGCGCUAACACAAACACGCA